GGCCCGGUGCCCGGCAGUCUGCGGGCGCUGCGGAGCGAGCGCGGCCAUGGCGGCGGCACCGGCGGAGGCGGAGACCCGGCAGCGGCUGCUGCGCACCGUCAAGAAGGAGGUGAAGCAGAUCAUGGAGGAGGCUGUGACUAGGAAGUUUGUGCACGAGGACAGCAGCCACAUCAUCUCCUUCUGUGCUGCCGUGGAGUGCUGCGUGCUGUUCGGGCUGAAGCGGAGGGCGGCCGGCUUCCUGCGCAGCAACAAGAUCGCCGCGCUCUUCAUGAAGGUGGGCAAGAGCUUCCCCCUGGCAGAGGAGCUCUGCAGGAAGGUGCAGGACCUGGAGCAGCUCAUUGAGAACGCGCGGAACCAAGGCCAGGGGGUCCCGGAGAACGUGCGCAAGGUGCCCAAGAUGCCCAACCUGUCUCCUCAGGCCAUCAAGCACCUCUGGAUCCGCACUGCCCUCUUCGAAAAGGUCCUGGAUAAAAUCGUGCACUACCUGGUGGAGAACAGCAGUAAGUACUAUGAGAAGGAAGCUCUCCUGAUGGAUCCUGUGGAUGGGCCAAUCCUUGCAUCUUUAUUGGUGGGGCCCUGUGCACUGGAAUACACCAAGAUGAAGACUGCUGACCACUUCUGGACAGACCCCUCUGCAGAUGAGCUGGUGCAGAGGCACCGGAUCCACAGCUCCCACUGCCGCCAGGACUCGCCCACCAAGCGCCCGGCGCUCUGCAUUCAGAAAAGACACUCCAGUGGCAGCAUGGAUGACAGGCCAUCCCUGUCUGCCAGGGACUACGUGGAGUCCCUGCACCAGAAUUCCCGAGCCACACUCCUGUACGGCAAGAACAACGUCCUGGUGCAGCCGAGAGAUGACAUGGAGGCAAUCCCGGGGUACCUGUCCCUUCACCAGACUGCUGACAUCAUGGCACUCAAGUGGACCCCCAACCAGCUGAUGAACGGCUCCGUGGGCGACCUGGACUAUGAGAAGAGCGUGUACUGGGACUAUGCCAUGACCAUUCGCCUGGAGGAGAUCGUGUACCUGCACUGUCACCAGCAAGUGGACAGUGGUGGCACAGUUGUCCUGGUGAGCCAGGAUGGCAUCCAGAGGCCACCCCUGCGCUUCCCCCGUGGAGGACACCUGCUGCAGUUCCUGUCCUGCCUGGAGAACGGCCUCCUGCCCCACGGGCAGCUGGACCCACCCCUCUGGUCCCAGCGGGGAAAGGGAAAGGUGUUUCCCAAACUGAGGAAGAGAAGCCCCCAGGGCUCCUCCGAGUCCGCCUCCGACAAGGAGGAUGAGGAAGCCACGGAUUAUGUCUUCAGGAUCAUCUACCCUGGGACACAGGCUGAGUUUGUUGCCAUUAAUGGUGCUUUUCACCCAUUCAUUGCACCUGUGACUGCUGGGAGAGGGAAGAUGAUGAAGAUUCCUGCUGGAAGGAAGAUGGUGGUGAUCCCUAAAUGGUGUCUGAGCCUCCCUGGCACAUCCCGAGCUCUCCGUGCUGCUCUGGGCUCCUCUUGGCAUCAGAUGCCCCAGGACCUGAUGGACGCUCCAGGGGCUGUCCUGCCCCCCAUGUGGCAGCCCAGCACCCGCAAAUCCUCCUGCUCCUCCUGCUCCCAGAGCGGCUCCUCGGACGGGGGCCCUGCCAACGGCUGCAGCCACGAGAGAGCUCCACUGAAGCUGCUGUGUGACAACAUGAAGUACCAGAUCCUGUCCAGGGCUUUCUAUGGAUGGCUGGCCUACUGCAGACACCUGUCCACGGUGAGGACUCACCUGUCAGCCCUGGUCAACCACAGCAUCGUGUCCCCCGACGUGCCCUGCAGCGCCAGCGCGGGGCUCACCGUGGACAUCUGGCACAGAUACCUGCAGGACAGCUCGAGUUACGAGGACCAGGAGCUGCUGAGGCUGAUCUACUACGGCGGGAUCCAGCACGAGAUCAGGAAGGCGGUGUGGCCCUUCCUGCUGGGCCAUUACCAGUUUGGGAUGACGGAGGCCGAGAGGAAGGAGGCUGACGAGCAGACGCGGGCGUGCUACGAGCACACCAUGGCCGAGUGGCUGGGCUGCGAGGCCAUCGUCCGGCAGCGCGAGAAGGAGUCCCACGCCGCCGCCCUGGCCAAGUGCUCCUCGGGGGCCAGCCUGGACUCCCACAUCCAGAGGAUGAUGCACAGGGACUCCACCAUCAGCAACGAGUCCUCGCAGAGCUGCAGCUCCGGCCGGCAGAACCACGCGCGGCUGCAGAGCGACUCCAGCUCCAGCACCCAGGUGUUUGAAUCUGUGGAUGAGGUGGAACAGACUGAAGUAGAUUCUCAGCUGGAAGAUGGCAAACAAAGCAAGAUCCCCAAUGGGACAGUCCCCAAUGGCACAUGUUCCCCUGAUUCUGGGCACCCCUCUUCCCAAAACUUCUCCAUCACUUCGGGCUUCUCAGAGCGCAGCUUCAGCAACGAGGAUAGUGCCCUGGAAACCACCAAAUCCUCCUCCAGCUCACAGGGAAAGGCUGCAGGGUCUGAUGUCCCAGCCCCACAGGACACAGAUGGUGUCCAGCAGGAGAAGCUGGAAGGCCAAGACAGCCUGGAAGGUGAAUUUUCCACUGGUGGAAGCGUGGACUUUGUCCCUAUGGGUGAGGGCUCGGCAGGGCUGCUGCGUGACAGUGACACUGUGGCCCUGACUGUGGUGGAGAGCUGGGCAGACAGUGAGGCUGAGAAGCAGAGCCUGGUGGAGAGUGAGGACAACCUCUCUGAGGAGCCAGAGAUGGAGAGCCUGUACCCACAGCUGGACUCUCUGACUGUCACUGAUCUGACCAGCACUGAACCAGCUGCUCUCUCCUCCACGGGUGUCACCUACUCUCCAGAGCUGCUGGACAUGUACACGGUGAACCUGCACCGCAUCGAGAAGGACGUGCAGCGCUGUGACCGCAACUACUGGUACUUCACUCCUGCCAACCUGGAGAAGCUCCGCAAUGUCAUGUGCAGCUACAUCUGGCAGCACAUUGAGAUUGGCUACGUGCAGGGGAUGUGUGACCUGCUGGCCCCUCUCCUGGUCAUCCUGGAUGAUGAGGCUCUGGCAUUCAGCUGCUUCACUGAGCUGAUGAAGAGGAUGAACCAGAACUUCCCCCAUGGAGGAGCCAUGGACACUCACUUUGCCAACAUGAGGUCGCUGAUCCAGAUUCUGGACUCUGAGCUCUUUGAGCUGAUGCACCAGAAUGGGGAUUACACUCAUUUCUACUUCUGCUACCGAUGGUUUCUCCUGGACUUCAAGAGAGAGCUGGUGUAUGAUGAUGUCUUUGCUGUCUGGGAGACCAUCUGGGCUGCUGCUCACGUCUCCUCUGCUCACUACGUGCUCUUCAUAGCCCUGGCCCUGGUGGAGAUGUACAGGGACAUCAUCCUGGAGAACAACAUGGAUUUUACAGACAUCAUCAAGUUUUUCAAUGAAAUGGCCGAGCGCCACAACACCAAACAGAUCCUGAAGCUGGCUCGGGACCUGGUCUAUAAAGUGCAGACUCUGAUCGAGAACAAAUGAAGGGCCCAGGGCAGAUGGGGCACCCAAAGAGCCAGGACUCCCCUCCAAUGCUUCCUCCCUUCUCCUGUUUCUCCAAGUGCCACACCUGUGGGACUCAGGUGGUGGGACACGUGCUGCUACGUGAGCUGGGAGUCCCCUGGGCUCAGCACAGACCUUCUGCAGUGACUCAACCAAAGAUCCCUCCAGGUGUGUUCCUGUGCUGGGAGCAGGACCAGGCAGUGGCUUCUUGGCCACCAAAACUGCCCAGGCAUUGCCACAUCCCAGGGUGGAGCUCAGAGGCUGGGGCAGCAGAGCUUGGUGGCACAGAGGGAAAGCUGCUUCCUUGGGCAGCCCUUCCCUGUGGUGUGGGGAGGCAGCCAGCACAGGGAUGCUGCCAGUUCUCAGCUUCUCACCCCACAAGGUUCUGCCAGUAAUGGGGGAGGGACUUUGAUCACAGAAAUUCCUCUUUUGAUCUCGUCCCUCAAUGCAUUGCUUCCCCUUCAGUGUUUUCUUUUCUUAGGGCUCUGUUUUCUCCCUGGGAUUUUACAUUGUUCCUACAGUAUCUGAGCACACAAGUGUUUCGUGUCUGGAUGGAUUUUCAGAACAGCUCCAAAUUCAGCAUUGGGGUUAUUUUUCAAAGUCCAGCCUCUGUAAUGUUCUCUGAACACUGGGAAAUCUGGUCCUGACCUCCUCUGGGAACUCCAGGGUGGAGGUUUUCUUACCUGCCUUACUUUAGCUGCUUGUGUAGGAGUCUGGUCUCCUUGUUCUGCUUGAGCUCCUCAGAAGGCAAGUCAGAGCUCCUGAUUAUCCUGACUUUCCCUCUGACAGCUCUAGGGCUGGCUAUUGAAUCUCCUAAACCCACUGAGCAUCUCCAAUUAGGUCUUGGUGGGCUUGUCCCACAGGCCAGUGAGAGGAAAAUAGCCCAAGGUCCCUGAGUGGUCUUUGCUUUGGGAAGAUGCACUUGUGUGGCCACUUUUGCUGCACAGCCUGGAGCCCACUGCAUGAAGUGCCUCUCCAGCUGCUGUGUCCCACACAGGCUGCCCUGCAGAGGCUUCAGAGUCAUUUUUCAACUCAGGUAAAAACAAUACAGGAAAAGGAGAGGGGUGGGUGGAUGGAGGGUCCAGCCCAGCCAGAGAGGGCAGUGCUGGGUUGGAGCUCUCUCUGAGGGUACUUUCUCUCAAGUUUUGCUGCAAACUUUUGUGUUCCCCCCUGGUGCAGUGUGUGCUGUGUGUGUGCUCUCCUCUGGCCCUGCUCCUGCCUUGCUGCUGGAGUGCUCCCAUGGGAAGGAAAGGAGCUCUUCUUCCUCCUGUGGAACAUCUGUCUGUGCUGGUUUGUGUUGGCUCAUGGCUCGUGUCAGAUGUUGCUGGCAGAAAAAAGGUGGUUGUCAGUCUGCACCAGAGAAAAUUGCUGCUUCAGGGAAGGUCUGAGGAGCACAGUGGAGUGGUUUGCUGUUUCUGAGCAAAUCAGCAAUUUCUGUAUUCUGGGACAUGGAGGUCACAGCUGGAAAAGGCAGUGGCAUAUACUGAACCCUUUGGGGAAGGAGGAGAGCAGUGGCCAGCCCUUCAGUCAUCAUAAUCCCAACAGAUGUGUACAACAAUCUGGGAAAUUUUCUGAAGCCCAAAGGAUGCUUGGCUGCAGUAGCACAGGAAACAAAGAGCUUGAGAUCUGCCAGUUGCUGUCAGAAUCUUUCAUCUUUCCAGCAAGCAGAGUGAAAAGCUCGUGUCCUCCCUCCUUCCCAGGCUGCUUCUGUUCCCUCAGGGUUCCAGGACAGAUCUGUCACCUGUCCUAGAGGGAAAGGAAAGUGCUCUGUUCUCUCUUUCCUGAGGGACAGGAAAGGGUCACCUGAAACACCACCUGUGACCAAGCAACAUCACUGACACUAAACCUUUCAAGCUUCUUUCCUUGGUUUUUAAACAAAAACAGCAAGAAAUUCUGCACAAUAUUUGCUGUCUGUAUUAACUGAGAGUGUCUUUGGGCCGCUCAAUAGCAGUGUUUUUUGAAUAAUUUCUGGGGGGGAAAAAAGUAUUUAUUUAUUGAUUGUACCUGACUGUGUGUCCUUGUGUGCUGGCGUGUGAGUGUGUGCUGUUGUGCAAAUGGAGAUAGAAAUUUUCAAUGUUAUUUACGAUAUCUUGUAAAUGUUUACCAGAGAAUUGUGUCUAUAUAUAAUAUAUAUACAGUAUAGAGAGAAAAUAAGUGAACUAAGUGAGUUAUUUUUUGAAGAGAGGGGGGUGAGAAAUCUUUUGCUUCUAAGAACUGUGUGGUUUCUAUAGCACCUAUUCCAUGAUGUGCCAAUCUGUCACUGUCCCUGUGCUGGGAGAAUUGUUCUGGUGGGGCAACAGGAAUCUCAGAGCAGAGCCACCUCACAACCUCAGUUUGGCUUCAUAUUGGUUCUGACUUUAAGACUGGAGAAGAGUAAAAAGAAAUGAGGGAAAAAUAAUAUUAAAAAAAGCUUUGUUUCAGCUGUAUUGCUGGGCAAGUUCUUGUGCUUGUGGUGACCCACAGUGAGACCCCACCAGGAGCCUGGGGCUCUCUUUGGUGGUUAAAAGCUGCUAAGAAGCUGAAAAGCAAAGGUUUUGUUUGUGGGUCUUCUCUGGCCUCAGCCUGUCCUGCCUGGCUCUGCCCCCCUGCUGGAUCCCCAGAAGAUAAAGCCUUGUUCUGGAAUUCUGACAGGGGCAGUCGUGGCCCUUGGGAUCUCUCCCAGCUGUGCAGCCAAGGAUGGCCUGCUUGCCACGCAGGAGAAGCCUGUCACCAGGCUUGGCCAUAUACAGUAAUCCUGCCUGGCCCCUUGGGGAAGAGGAAUGUCUCAUCCCAGCAGCUCUGUGCAGCUGAAAUCCUCCCCACAAUGGCACUGCCAGCUCAGGACUAUUUUAACCUGUUGUUGGCUCUGUGGGAACAGGGACUGGAGCUCUGUGCCUUAAACUGACAGAGGGCAGGGUUAGAUUGGAUUUUAAGAAGAAAUUCUGCACUAGAAGGCAGUGGCACAGGUUGCCCAGAGAAGCUGUGGCUCCCUGGAAGUGUCCAAGGCCAGGCUGGAUGGGGCUUGGAGCAGCCUGGGCUAGUGGAAGAUGUCCCUGCCCAUGGCAGGGUUGGAAUUAGGUGAUCUUUAUAUUUCUUUCCAGCCCCAAGCAUUCCAUGACUCCACACUUUCUGAGGAGACUGCUGCAUUCUCCCCUGGGAGGGUUGCACGAGCUGCCAGCCCAGUUCUCUGCCAGUCCCUCCAGAGCUGAGCCUGAGGAAGGAUGGGCUCCACAGGCUGAGUUCAGCUCCCAUCACACCCUCCCUAAGCACCCACAUUGCUGUGGGGUUUGGGGUUUGUCUCAUUCUCGAGCUGCUGAGCUCAGAUAAUCUCAGUGUGUUUGUUUCCUGGCCCUGUGUUCCCCUGACAAAUGGAUUCUCUUCCUGCAUUUGAGCUUUCUGCUCAUGCAACCUUCCAACAAGCUCCUGGUGUCUUUUGGUGCCACCUGUGCAGACCCUUUAGAAGUUGUGUUUGUUCCUAAAUGUGUGGUUUUCCUCAGAGUUUUUCUCUUGCUGUGUUGAGUCCCUGAAUGGCUCUGCUGUGAACAUUUUUUUGUGAAGACUGAGAGGGUUUUUUGUGUGGGAACUUCCUGCUGUGUCCCUGUCCUGAUCUCAUCCAGCCCCUGGCAUGGGGAACAUCCCUUAACUCACCCAAAUGCACCUGGUGGUGCAAGGUGAGCCAGCAGUGAACUGCAGGUGUCAUCCCUUGUCACUGACAGCUGAAAAAAAGGCUGAGAGAUGGAACUGUUGAAGAGGUUGUGGUCCCAGAAUCCCUGGAGACACAAGCCUUGUGGCCAAGAGCAGUUUAUAGGAUGAAGUUCUUAUUCUUUGUUCUUUCUUUAUUUAUUACUUACUUUGUCUGACUAUUCCCCUCUCUUUCCUGGAUUAUCCUGAGGUUGUUCCCCUGCACUGGGAGCCACUGUAGCCAAUUGGCCUCUGACCAGGGACAGGACCAGUUUUGGGAUUCUCAUCCCUUAAGUUUGCUUUUGGAAUAUCUUAAAAUAUCUAAAUCACUUUUCUCUAGAGGCACUGUGGGAGCCUCUGAGCCUUUGAUCAGUAGGACCAAAAUGAUGGUCGUGUCAUCAAAACCUGUCUUAUUUCUCAUUCCAUUUGGGAUUUUCCCUGAGUACUGAGCAGUUCUGGGCUUGUCUUCAGCAUUUUACUGUUGUGUGAGCACAAAUUGAUAGAGCACAAUGUAGAGAUGGAGUUCCAACCCUUCCUAGCACCGUGGGAGGAUUGGAACUCACCAGAACCUGUGUCAGAAAUUCCUAUAAAAACUUUUUUAUGAAGUAGAUCAAAUGCCACUGAUUGUUCUGCUUUUCCAUUCAAUGUCAGCAUCUUCAUUGCCCUGAAUAAGCAAUAUUUGACUGAUUAAGGCAUCUAAACAAUUGUGGUGCUCAGUGAGACCACAUUUCUGUCCUCUGGUGGCCACAUGGGCCACAGCUGAGGCCAUUUGGUGCCACAGCCACACAUUGACACAGCUCAGUGUGCAGAUUCCUUCCCAACUUUGCCUGAAUCCUGAACUUCCUGGAGAAUGUGUGCUGUUGGAAUAACUGUGGAAGUCUUUUAAUGUGUCUAACCUAAUCUAAUUUCUAAUUUAAUUUUAGAUUGGUGAUAAGCAUCUUCCACCUUAAAUUCCUGUUCAGUGGUUGAAUAGCUUCCUUUUGUAGAUGGAUUUUGCACAUGGAGGCUGAGCAGAGCCCCUGGAUGGGGCUGCAGGGGACAAUCCCUUCUCCAGGGUGGCUCCUGAGCCAUCAGCAGUGGGACAUGACCAGGAGCAAGGGCACUUUGCAUCAAGUGCUUUGAUAAGGGAGGGGAAAGCUCCAUUUAUCUAUUUUUUUUUUUAUUUUUUUAAACAAAUUAAUGCUAAAAAUUAAACUAUGCACAAGAUCUUAAAUACAUGGAAGUUUUAGGAAUGAGUGUGGCUUUGCUGCUGAGGACGAUAAAGAAUUGAAAAUCCUGAUCCUGGAUACUGAGAAACUAAAAAUGUCAUUGUUGUGACUAUGUAAGAUUGACUUAAAUUCUCAGAAAUUCAUUCUCUCUGGAGAGUCAUUCCCAGAAGCCAGGGAAGAAAUUGUUUUCCCAAAGAGAAUUAAUGAAAAUGCAACGUGGAUGUAACCUCAGACCCAUGAUUGUCACUUCCCUUGUUCAAGGAGUGUUCUGGAGAGCCAGGCAGGGUGACAGGGUGUGACAGCCAUCGUGGGGGCUCUGUGGGACAGGGAAUUACCCCUCAGCAGAGGGAUUGGAAUGUAUCUGGUGUCCUGGCAUUAGAUUUUUCUGUUGCCCUACACAGAAUUGCUGCUUUUCUCUGUUGGAUGCCAUUUUGGUCUCUGGGAGUUGCUCGAUCUGAACUUAACGAGCACUUACAGCUUUUAAUCUAUUUGUCAAAGUGCUGCUAAUGUUCUUAGAUUAUCUGGAUUCCACACUGUGGUAUAAUAUGUUUUAUAUUAUUUUAUUCAUGCUUUUGGGUUUUUUUUUUUAAAUGUAAACUGUUCCUUAUUGUUGUUGAGAAAGAAAAAUUAAAGCUCUAUUCUCUAUGGUUAAUGUAUUUU